UGCGCUAAACACUGUAACCCGUUAGACUGAGCUGAAGAUAAGUUAUCAAGGACAGAUUCAUUUUGAAGUCGACAAAAUGCACUGUGCAAAAUCAGAGCUGACGGUUCUUCUUGGUGUCGGAAUAUUUCUAGCUGGUUCCAUUUCCCUAAUAGCGAUUACAAUGCAAAGAAUUUUCCCAGCUCGUGAGGAGCAAACUUUUAAAGAAAUAAACUGUACGAUUGUGUCUGGGGAUAUGAACACAAAAACAAAAUGCUCCAAUAAAAAUCAAGACGCACGCUACCCGUGCCUCAGGAUAUAUGUUCUGUGUGGCAAAGAUGAGAUUCAAGAGAACCCUUCUUUAGAGAGCGCACAGCCUCGUUUAUUAAGAAAGGAUUUCUACAGCUUACACCAACAGUGCACUUUACCACCAGAACAGUGUAGUGACAAGUCUAACAGGCAUCCCUUGGAGAAAUUAUUUCACACUGGUAAUCCUGUAGGAUCAAAACUUCAGUGCUUCUACAACCCAAAUGAUCCGGAACAAAUCGUCAGCCAGAAAGAUUCUAAGAAAAGCUACAACAAAAUGGUGCUUAAUAAUGUGGUUUGGCCGCUGGCCGUUAUACUGCUAGCGGUGAUUAUUAUUGCGGGGGCCGCUUGCUUCCUCGCUACACGGCCUCAAGCUGGUUAUGAAAAGUUAGAAGGAAUGACCAGUACUUCGCUUCAUCAAACACUCUGAACGAUUGAGUGUAAGAUAUCACUCCACUGAACCACGAUGGUGGCUUUCUUCUCCCCAAUGCUAGCUCAUUUGGGGUCGAAGUGAAAACAGUGCUGAAUCUUAGAAUUAUGACAGGUACGCACUGUAUAAAGGAAAUAGGUUGGGACAGGUCAUGAUCUGUAUCUCUGAGCAAAAAAAUUGAUAAAGUGAUUGUUGGCAGCCAGAUGAAGAGAAGGUUAAAGCGAGAAACUGUAUAAAGAAGUCGUUAGCUUCACAGAUCGAGUUUUGACUGCACCAUUUACAUUCAAGACUGUUGAAUUCAGACAGACUUUGAUGAUUACAAUCAAUAUGGCAACAGAGGAGCCAGUAUUGCGAAAAUUAUGGAAUUAUAAAAUUGUAACAAAUAUAAUCAUUGUAAAUUAUUUUGUAAAAAUAUUGGAUCAUCCAAUUUGAUUGCGAGGUAUUUAACUUAGUUUUAUCUGAAAGAAGAUAUUGCCAAAUAAAAUAAGGAAUUGACCUCAGUAA